AUGGUAGUGUCAGUACAACAGAUUGAAGAUCGUAUCAAGGGUAACUUCCCAGGUGAUCACAUUAACGUUGAGGAUGUGUCUGGAGGAUGCGGAGCCAAGUUUACAGUGACUGUUGGAUCAGACAAGUUUGUUGGAAUGCCAUUGCUACAGAGACACAGAAUGGUCAAUGACAUCAUUGGCGAUCUGAUGAACGAGAUACACGCUGUCAACCUCAACACUUGGACAAUGAAGCAGUACGAAGAGAAGACUGCUGCUGCCAAGUAA